CACCAGCUGCGAGAUCACCACAUCCAGCCCGGGGAGAGUGGCACUCUCAAGCGCAAAGUGGAGGCAAUCCAAGGGAGCCACAAAUGCAAAGACUGUUCCAAGACCUUCUUCACUGAGAUGGCUCUGUGGGAGCACGUCCAGACUCAUCUAGGCCCCACCAAGCACUGCCAAUGCCCCAUCUGUGGAGAGCGCUUCCCUUCACUGCUAACUCUGACUGAACACAAGGUCACCCACAGCAGGAGCUUGGACACAGGCAACUGCCGCAUCUGCAAGCUUCCGCUUCACAGUGAGGAGGACUUCCUGGAACACUGUCAGAGGCACCCAGACCUGCACAACUCACUGACAGGCUUCCGCUGUGUCGUGUGCAUGCAGACUGUCACCUCCGCUCUUGAGCUGAAA